ACCGCCUCUGAGUGGGAAUCGAUGCUAUGCAGCCCGCGCUGAAUUCAGGCGAAUAUACCACUACUCCACCAUCAGCGACGUGUGGUCAUCCAGAUAAGCAAAAUGCUGGCAUAUUGACAACAAAAAGGUAGGCGUUAACGCAUCGGGCGUCCCCGCCUUCCCGCGUUCGAGAUGCCGUCUGUGCGUGAUGACGACAUGAGAAGGCCCCAGCGUGGUGCGUAACGUAACAUUCCAUUCAGAGAAGAGGGAAAGAUGGCGUCCUCUAACAAUCCUCGCAAAUUUAGCGAAAAAAUUGCUUUGCAUAACCAGAAACAAGCGGAAGAAACUGCAGCAUUCGAAGAAGUCAUGAAAGACCUGAACAUCACCAGAGCUGCACGGUUGCAGUUACAGAAGACCCAGUAUUUGCAACUAGGGCAGAAUCGUGGACAGUACUAUGGAGGCUCACUGCCCAAUGUCAAUCAGAUUGGAAAUGGCAACAUUGACCUGCCUUUUCAGAAUUCUGUGUUGGACACCAGUCGCACAACCAGGCACCACGGUUUGGUGGAUCGUGUUUACCGUGACCGAAAUCGCAUCACGUCUCCCCACCGCCGACCUCUUUCAGUUGACAAACAUGGACGCCAAAUCGACAGCUGCCCCUACAGCUCAGUUUACCUUUCCCCACCACCGGACACAAGCUGGAGAAGGACAAAUUCAGACUCUGCCUUACACCAGAGUACUAUGAAUCCGAAACCUCAAGAGGUGUUUGCUGGAGGAUCACAGGAGCUUCAACCUAAACGAGUGCCUGGGACAGAGAGCUUGGAGACAAAUGCAGACAACGGUGCACAGAAACAGCUAUGGGAUGACAAAAAGGUGGAUUCACCAAACCAGACCACAUGUGAUGUGCCAGGUAUCAACAUUUUCCCAUCACCAGACCAGGAACCAAACCCUGUGGUGCUGCCGGCUGCACAUAACACAGGCGGCUCUUUGCCUGAUCUCACCAACAUCCAGUUCCCUCCCCCUCUGUCCACCCCACUGGACCCUGAAGACACAGUUGCCUUCCCAUCCCUCAGCUCGUCCAAUAGCACAGGCAGUCUGACGACCAACCUCACCCAUCUAGGCAUCAGUGCAGCCAGCCAUGGGAUCACUACUUCCUCCCAGCCAACGAUGACUGUAACAGAACAGCGACGCCAGCCACCCGUGGUGCCACUUACACUAACCACUGACCUCCGUCUUCAGAACUCCACACAGCAGUUAUCACCCACACUCUCAUCACCUGUUAACAUCACUCAGAUAUUUCCAACAGAACAGCAAAGCCUGGAGCAACAGCUUUCCCAGUUUCCUCUUUUCAACCAUCUGAGUGCUCAGGCCCAAGCUCAGCUGCUCAGCGACCUGCAGAAGCAACCACCCCAGGGUAUCCAGCUCAUCACCUUGCCUACUCCACCCGCCACAGUCCCCGCUACUGCCAACAGCCCAUCCUCGGACAGCCAGACCUCAGCCAGUAUCAGCUCGUAUCGCAAUCAGACUGGCUCACCAGCCACUCAGUCUCCAACCUCCCCAGUCUCCAAUCAAGGCUUCUCCCCUGGCGGCUCUCCUCAACACAUUCCUGUGGUGGGCAGCAUAUUUGGCGACUCCUUCUAUGAUCAACAGGUGGCAUCAAGGCAGACCAACGCUCUGUCUCACCAGUUGGAGCAGUUCAACAUGAUUGAGAACCCCAUAAGUUCAACCAACCUGUACACGCAGUGCUCCACCCUCAACUAUACUCAAGCUGCAAUGAUGGGUCUUAGCAGCAGCAGCCUACAAGACUCUCAGCAACUUGGCUACAGUAGCCAUGGCAACAUUCCCAACAUAAUCCUAACAGUCACAGGUGAGUCUCCGCCGAGCCUCUCCAAAGAGCUCACCAAUUCGCUGGCAGGCGUUGGUGAUGUCAGCUUUGAUGCAGACUCUCAGUUCCCUCUGGACGAGCUAAAGAUUGACCCCCUCACCCUGGAUGGGCUGCACAUGCUCAAUGACCCCGACAUGGUGCUUGCUGACCCCGCCACCGAGGACACAUUCAGAAUGGACAGGCUGUGACGUGACACACUGAUUGACUUGGCGGUGAGCAACAAAUAGAUUGAAACUCUUAACUUGUGAAUGGAGAAGGAGAGACAAAGGGCAGGGCUGAACCCUCUCCCUUGUUGCAUGGCCAUCCAGCGGUCCGACCUCGCCCUCGACUCCGUAAAAGCCCUUUGACACAAUGAUGCGCCACCAAAAGACUGCAGGGAAAAGGAUGUCGUGUGGCUUCUGGCGAAUGGCCUCGCUGUCCUUUUUAAGAGAUUGGUCGCUCAGCGCUUUCGCUAGCACGGCUGUGUUUACAGUGUACCAUUAAAUGCCACAUAUAUUCCAAAAACGCACAUUUUUUUCUAUUCAUACUCACUUGAAUAUUUCUUUUUGUUUCUAUUUGUUUGUAGCAGGAAGCUGCAGAGACAUUAAACUAAACCAUGCGUAUCAUAUUGGCCAUGUUAAGAGGGGGAAAAAAUGUGUUGGUUUUCCUACCUGCGUCAACUUGGUCAGGUAUUCAACAGCUAUCACACUCAAAGCUUUAUUUUUGACAACCAAAUGUUUUCUCAAUCAUGCACUGUGUGUUUUGAUGCUGUUUGUAAUGAUGUAUUUUGUUAUAAUUUAUUUAUGUAUUUGUUUAUUUGAAUAUUUGUUCAGUUUCCCAAAUGCUCUCAGUAGGCAUAGUGUAAAAUUGCACUGAUGUAAUUCGUUUAUUUAUGAAUUUUGAACAUAUUUCAAUUGUAUCUGUGUUUAAGCUACUUGUUUUUUGAAGGAGUGCAAAACCUCCCCAUAGUUGCUUUUCAGUAUUUGUUGUGCCAUAUUUGUUGCUGUAGCCCAGAAGUGACGUUCAAAUCAUUCUGCCUUGUGCCGAAAAACACAAAGGCUCCAAAAGCAGGGUUGUUUUUAGAAGAUCAGGUAAAACCACUUAACUGGAAAGCAUAAUUAACUCUUUUUGAAAAAGAAAAGCCAACAGACUGGUCUUUCAGGGAAGGAAGCUGUCUGUUUUUAAACCGACUAACUCUAAUCCUAAAUCUUUUUGAAGUCGUCACUGUGAAAAUCACCUGAUUUUGCCUUACAUGAGUAUUCUACUGUUAAGUGUCUAACGUUAUAUUUUCAUAACUUCUUGUAACAUUUUAUCGUAUUUGACAGAGGCAUAUGUUUUGUUCAGUGCUUUUUGUGAUUAUGUUGUGUAAGGUCUGACAAAUCAAUGUACUGUAUUUUGUAGCGGUACACUUUAUAGCCACAUUAUUGGUGUUUUAUGAAGUGGAUGGGGGGGGCGUGGUCAAAAGUGAACUGCAAAUAUGGGGAGGCUUUUUGCUCCUUAAAAGGGAAGCUCUAACAAAAACACUGAUCAACGUAACCACAGUAGGCAGACUGCGCAUGCCAAUGGGCGUUUUCAUACCAAUGUGCAAUUCUUAGAAAAUAUUUAUAUUACCUCUAUUGAGAGUUUCUUCACAUAGGAAACUGAAAGGCCUGGAUAAAACGGUCUUUCUUAGAAACAUUUAGCAUAUUUAGAUGUACAUUAUAUAAUGGGCCAUUUUUCACCAGACAGAUUUCCAUUUCAUGUUGUAACCAACAAGAAUGGUCACUAAACAAUCAGGGAUAUGGUCAAUUCAAGAACUGUUUACAGAUGUUCCAAUUAAUGUUUACAAAGAGUUUAUCUAACUACAGUAACAUCAGCUCGCUCUAUAUUCAGACUGAGCUGAAAACGACCCAUGGUGGCCUUUUGUCAGAGUUUCCCUGAGAGUUGUUUCUUGCGCAGUGUGACCUUGUUUUGUAUAUUCUUGCAUUUGUGUACAGACAUGCUGAUCAUUUGUGCUUAUUGCUCAACUCUUGGGAUCGUGUGCCGGCUCCACGAUCAUGUGGGUGUCACUGCAGUCUUCUUACUGUUUAAGCAUGGGUCUGCUGUUCUGUGAACAGACAUGUGGUUCCUAUGCAAACGAGACUAAAACAUGGUGUUGAAAGGAAAGAUCCAUCUUGGGUUUCCACAUGCAGUCUGGCAUAUUUCAGUAGAAAGUCUGUUAAGUCCCAAUUUCCAUCCACUGAGCUGUUUUACUAUGGUAUAUUAUGGUAAAUACUGGAGCAUGUGUUGGGUCCUCAAGUGCUUUGGAGGCUAGCUGCUUGUUAAUGUUGCUUUAGAAGGAACGCAAGUUUGACAUUAGUCCUUUUAGAUUGCUAAGGCCAAUCGAGAUAGUGUUCAAGCACACAAAAAAGAAUUGGAAAAGUGUGCUUCGGCAAGAUGCAGUUGCUCAAGAUCAUGUUUAUGCAGCAUCACCUUGAUGGAAUAGAUAUGAUUGUUCAACAUCACAGUCAUUGAGGACCAAGAGCUAUAACUGCGCAUCGGCAUGAAGCAAUGCAUGACCUGUUAUCCAGUAAUAAAUAUUUUGCCCACUGAACCCCUUUAACUUUACACUUGAUGCAAUCGUUUUUGGGACAAAAAGCCUAGACAUGUAAAGAAAACCUAAGCUGGAUUUUUCUUAAGACAUGUUCCUUGCCUUUGUCUUUCAAGAUGAACAAUGGCAGCCUUUAGAACGUCUCCCGUCGUUUCUGUCUGUAAUGCUCAAUAAUCCUUAUUGUACCUUGUACAUAUA